AUGGGGAAUUUUUUGCCCUUUAGUAGGCUUAUGGUUAUGAUAGCAUUUCUUGCUGUAUCAAUCUCAUUCCAAUCAGCAAAUUCAGACCCACAAAUCACUUUGGUAAAUGAGGGAUGCAAUCUCUACCCUCCUGAUAAUUCCACGGCUUUCUACAUCAAUUUUAAUGCCACGUUUGCUGAUCUUAGAAACCAGCUAUUACAAGAAAAUAACAAGCUUUUUGCCACUGCACAGAUAAACAGGCCUUCAAACCCGGUUUUCGUCCUGUUUCAUUGCAGGGAUUACCUUUCAACUGCUGAUUGUAUUACUUGCUUCAAUACUGCUGUUUCCAGGAUGCAAAAAUGCUCCCCUGGUGCUGGAGGUCGUGUUAUAUAUGAUGGCUGCUUCCUCAGGCUGGAAGGCCAAAUAUUCUAUGACCAGGCUGUUGUUCCGGGAAAUGGUCAGGUUUGUGGCAAUCAAACUGCAUCACAGCCAACUAUUUUCCGAACACAAACAGAAGCUUUCUUACAGGAUCUUAAACUAGCGACACCGCGAAUUAAUGGACUCUUUGCCGCAUCAAAGAGGCAAUUGAGUAAUGGCGGUGAUGCAGUUUAUGCGGUGGCUCAAUGCGCCAAAUCAGUCAACCGAAGUAGUUGUCAAGAUUGCUUGAGGGUAGCAUAUGGCAAUAUAGAUAUCUGUUUACCGAAUACAGAUGGAAGGGCUUAUGAUACAGGCUGUUUUCUGAGGUAUUCAACAACUGCUUUUUUCGCUGAUAACCAGACAAUCAACAUCAACCCUUAUCUAGGAGCAAUAGGAGGAAGCUCAAACAAAACAAAAGCAAUUAUUCUUGGAGCUGUUGGUGGUGUUUCCCUUCUCCUAGCUAUACUUGCAUUGUUGUUGUGGUAUCAACUAUACAAAAAACCACAGAAAGCUGAGAAAGGUAAUAUCUUUGGUACAACAGAACUACGAGGUCCUGUAACCUAUGACUACAAGGUUCUGAAAUCUGCAACGAAAGAUUUUAGUGAAGAGAAUAAACAAGGCGAAGGCGGUUUUAGUGAGGUGUACAAGGGAACAAUGAGAAAUGGUAAGGUAGUUGCGGUAAAGAAGCUAAACAUAACUUCUGGUAGGGCGAAAACAGAGUUUGUGAGUGAGGUCAAACUUAUAAGUAAUGUUCACCAUCGGAAUCUUGUGCGCCUGCUCGGAUAUGCCAACAAAGGAACAGCACUGCUGCUCGUUUAUGAGUACAUGGCAAACGGAAGCUUAAAUAGCUUUCUAUAUGGAGAGAAAAGAGGAUACCUUGAUUGGAAGAAGCGGUUUAACAUUAUAAUCGGCAUAGCUAAGGGACUUGCAUAUUUGCAUGAACAAUAUCAUGCUUGCAUUAUCCAUCGGGACAUCAAGUCAAGCAAUAUCUUACUCGAUCGCGAUUUUCACCCAAAGAUUGCAGAUUUUGGAUUGGCAAAGCUUUUGCCUGGAGAUCAGAGUCAUUUGAGCACUAGAUUUGCUGGUACCUUGGGAUACACAGCACCAGAGUAUGCAGUUCAUGGACAUUUGUCUGAGAAAGUUGAUACUUACGGCUUUGGCAUUGUGAUCCUUGAAAUAAUCAGCGGCAGCAGAAGCAACAACACGGCGGUUGGGGUUGGGCCUGUCAGCGAGUUCCUUCUCGGGAAGGCAAGGAAGCUGCACGAGACCAACACGCAUCUACAGUUAGUGGAUGAAACUUUGGACCCGAAUGAAUACAAUGUUGCAGAAGUGAAGAAAGUGAUGGAGCUGGCUUUGAUAUGUACUCAAUCGCAACCUUCUGAAAGGCCUGCCAUGUCCGAGGUAGUUACCAUGCUGUCACAUGAUCAGCCGAUCAAAGAGUUGUGUCACAGUUCUAACAGUAACACCAGUUCUGAUACAAGGUUAUUAACUGAUGAAGAAGAUACACAUUGA